CGGUGGGGUGUUUCCGGUUCCGGUCUCUGUGUCCGGCUGGAAAUGGCGGUGGGUCGGAGCCAGAGUGGAAUGGGGGUGCAUCGGGUUUUGGGGACUUGGGUUCUUCUGCUCUUCUCCCUCUUCCCUGUGGCUGAGGGGGCCGGGCGGACGCUGGUGCUUCUGGAGAACAUCAACAUGAAGGAGACGCACUCCAUGUUCUUCAAGAGCCUAACAGAUCUUGGAUUUAACUUGACAUUCAAGAUUUCGGAUGAUCCUGGUUUGUCUUUGAUUAAGUACGGAGAAUUUCUGUAUGAUCAUCUCAUCAUUUUUUCCCCAUCGGUGGAAGAUUUUGGAGGCAACAUCAAUGUUGACACUAUUGCCACGUUCAUCGAUGGAGGUGGAAAUGUAUUGGUUGCUGCAAGCUCAGACAUUGGGGACCCUUUACGAGAGCUGGGCAGUGAAUGCGGAAUCGAAUUUGAUGAGGAGAAAACUUCUGUUAUUGACCAUCAUAACUAUGAUGUUUCUGAUCCUGGCCAGCACACACUGAUCAUCGCUGAUAACGAACAACUGCUGAAGGCUCCCACUGUUGUGGGGAAACAACCAAAGAAUCCCCUUUUAUUUCAGGGAGUUGGUAUGGUGGCAGAUCCUGAUAACCCCCUCGUACUGGAUAUUCUGACUGGAUCCUCCAGCUCUUACUCCUUCUUCCCAGAUAAGCCUAUCACACAGUAUCCUCAUGGUGUGGGAAAGAACACCUUGCUGAUUGCUGGACUCCAGGCCCGGAACAAUGCUCGUGUAGUCUUCAGUGGCUCUAUUGAUUUCUUCAGUGAUGCCUUCUUCAACUCUCCUGUACAGAAAGCUACUCCAGGAGCUGAGAGAUUCUCAAAAACUGGGAACUAUGAGUUGGCAGUGGCACUAUCCCGCUGGGUAUUCAAAGAGGAAGGAGUUCUCCGUGUUGGAAAGGUGUCUCAUCACCCUGUUGGAGAAAUCAAACCGCCAAAUGCCUAUACCAUAACUGACCUGGUGGAGUACAGCAUUGUUAUUGAGAAGCUUUCCAAUGGGAAAUGGGUCCCAUUCGAUGGAGAUGACAUUCAGCUGGAGUUUGUUCGAAUCGAUCCAUUUGUUAGAACUUACUUGAAGAGAAAUGAUGGUAAAUACAGCGUGCAGUUCAAACUGCCUGACGUUUAUGGUGUGUUCCAGUUUAAAGUAGAUUACAACAGGCUUGGAUACACACACCUAUACUCUUCCACCCAGGUGUCUGUUCGACCCCUUCAGCACACUCAGUACGAACGCUUCAUCCCCUCUGCCUACCCAUACUACGCCAGUACCUUCUCCAUGAUGGUUGGACUCUUCUUGUUCUCGGUGGUCUUCUUGCACAUGAAAGAGAAAGAGAAGGCAGAGUGAACUGGGAUUGCAGUGUGCUACGUUCUUGGCAUCGGCAAUGCUGAGAGUUUAAGUUGGUUUAAAUUGGUGAUAGAUGGGUGCAAGUCCUAGCCUUUUGUAUUGGUCAUGGAAAUUUCUUGGACCCCAGACUAUGUAGGAUGCAACAAAACUUCAAAUCCCAAUUAUUUUUGAUCUCUCCGUUGAUCAGAGGUUAGCCAUGAACUGCAGGUUACUGAAAGUGGGUGUAUAAAUUCUCCUGGUGCUAAUUGUUGAAUCCAUGUAUUCUUAUUUUGCUGUGGGAGAUGAUAUACUUUUGUGAAAAGAAUUUAUAAAAGUUGGCUGAAAACCAGGUGUUCAUCUUUCACUCUGAGGAUAAAGUUCAUUGUUUCCAUGGCUGGGACAGAUGAUUGGAAAUUAUUAGACUUCUUGAUGGUUCUUCACUAGGUAAAGUGACAGCUGCAUAAACACAAGAACAAGAAAAACUGGAAGUUUUUGCAUUCGUCUAUCACCAGUUCAAAUCAAGAUUAUGUAAGAGUUAACCACUUGGACUCUCUUCAAAGGGAUCUAACCCUUUGGCCAAUAAGAGUUUAAAAUGAACUGGGAGAAAUUUAUUUUCAUUGAUCUAUUGACACUUGUUUAAUUUAUAAUGUCUCCCUCCAGUUUUCCCGAUCUCGGCACCCACAAUGAUGUAACUUCUGCUCAAAAUUAAUUUUCCAGACCAUCGGAAAUAAAGUUUAACAUUCCAUGUA